UCAUUUGUGACAUCACAGCCUCUGGGGACAGCAGGGUGGCUGGCAAGUGCCCCCAGCCGUUCCGUGCCCAGAGCCCCUGCAGACCUCGGUGUGCAGAGACGUCCAGAGCCUGUGUGGUGGUGGCAGCUCCUCCUGCGCACCACCAUGGCUGGCCAGGGCGGCUCCUGGAUGCUGCAGGUGUACCUGCUGGCGCUCCUGGUCCAUCCCCUCGACCCCUCCAGCCGUCCUGAGCGGGGCACCUCGGGCCUGCUUCCCAAGGAGCUGGAGCUGCAGGACACGGCCAAUGAGGCCGGCCCGUGGGGGGACCUGGCGCUGCUGUUCUGGACCUGCUUCCUGGGAGACGUGCUGGUCGCGGGCGUCGUCCUGGGCUGCUGCUGCCUUGGCAGAAGGUUCUGGAGACGCCGCAGAAAGGAGCAGUGCCGGGACCAUUCGGGCCGUGCCGGGGCCCGCUGCCGCUGCUGCCGGGGCCGCGGCUGCCCCACGACGCUGAUGCAGCUGCUGAGGCAGAACCGCGCCCUGCUGCAGCUGUGCCUGAACCACCCGCCCCGCAGGGCCCCGGGCCGAGGGAGAAGCGCCGGGGCCGUCGGAGAGAGGAGAGUCCGCUCCCACUCAGCGCCGAGUUCCAUCGCGGCGCGGAGCUCCGGGGCCUGUGUGACCAGCGGCAUCCCCAUCUCCAGAGCUGGAGACACCCCAGCCUCAGUCCCGCGUUUCCCGACACCUCUCCCAAAAGAAACUGACAUUUCCUUUAGUGUUCCCCUUCUAGAAGUUCAAGUAUUUUAAGCAUAAGUUUCCUACCCCGUUGUAUUCUAGUAUUUUAGGCAUAAGAUUCUUACCCCAUAGUAUUUUAGUCCCCCUGUUGUUAUAAAUGAAUUUGUUUUAGUAGGAAGGAUUAAGGAUAGUUAAUUGUUGUAAAUAAAUUGUUAGUGUAAUGAAUUGUUGUAUUAUAAUGAAUUGUUAUAAUUAAUAUAAUAAAUUAAAAAGUUAUAUGAAUUGUUAGUUAUGUGUGUGUAGCUGUCAAUCCAGAGAAAGGGGAAGGGCUGUAUCCAAGAGUGAUGACACCAGCUCAGCUUGUGAUUGGGAGAGCCAACCAGGCAAUGGUGCCUUAAGCUUCUGGAAUGAUUGGCCAGGAAUGCACCACCGUACA